AUGACACAAUCUACACCAAAAAUUCUGUCAAUUGCAGGUUCUGAUAGUGGCGGUGGUGCUGGUAUCCAAGCAGACAUAAAGACAUUCACUGCACUCCACUGCUAUGGAAUGUCAGCUCUCACCGCGCUCACGUCGCAGAACACGCUUGGUGUGCAUCAAGUGCAUGCCGUUCCCGUAGACUUCAUAACGAGCCAGAUACGCCAUGUCAUCACCGACCUCGGCGUGGAUGCGUUGAAAACGGGUAUGUUGUACAGCAAGGAGGUGAUAGAGGGGGUAGUAGACACGCUGCAGGAGCUGAGCGUGCGUGCGCCUCUCGUCGUCGAUCCAGUCAUGGUCAGCACCUCAGGGCACAGGCUUCUCAAUCAAGACGCGUUGACGGCACUCCAAGGCAAACUCCUUCCUAAAACCACCCUCUGCACACCCAACAUACCGGAAGCUGAGCUGCUCACCGGCAGAAGCAUUGCGAGUGUGCGCGAUAUGCUCUCCGCUGCUACUCGCCUUAACUCGGUUAACACACUCGUCAAAGGUGGCCACCUUACUUUCUCCGUGGAUGAGGUGCAGAGGGCCAUUGCAGAGGUCAGAAGGGGUGAUUUUGGUGAUGUUGGUGAUGUCACUAAUCCCACUAAUGUCACUGUACAUGGUGAGACAUUUGCUGCUGCUGCGACCAACAACGAUAGUACAAAUACUGCCACUGCAUACGUUCUCGACACAUAUGCGCAGCUGCGAGGCAACCCAAGCACCCAAGGCACGCACAAGAGUGGGGAAGAGCGCCUCGUUGUCGAUAUACUCUACCAGCGUCCGCAGGGCCACUUGGACAUAUUCAUCCACCCGUUCGUUUCAUCUACCAGUACGCACGGCACUGGCUGCACUCUCUCUGCCGCCCUAGCUGCGUAUCUCGGCGGGAGUAGGAGUGGUAGCAGCCGCGACACAAGCGCUUGCACUCGCAUGACCAUGGCCGAAGCAGUACAGGCCGCGCUAACAUACACGCGUCUCGGCAUAGAGCACAGUGAGGGGCUAGGCGCGGGGAAUGGGCCGUUGAACCACAUGCAUUCAAUGCACAGAGGUACACACAUAACAACCCCACUCACACCACGCACAACGCGCCAACCAACCCCUCUCACGACGCAUCUGAUCACCACAGCCGGUGUGUGGUGGGACACGUACAUAGCGCACCCUUUCGUGCACCAGCUCGCAACGGGAACGCUCCCAUCGUCAUCUUUCCGCCACUACAUAGCCCAGGAUUACAUCUACCUCCUGCAUUACGCCCGCAUACACAGUCUGGCAGGGUACAAGAGUCGCUCGAUGGGUGAUCUCGAAGCGUUUGCUCGCAUCACCAGCCAAAUCGUACAGGAGAGCGCUAUGCAUAGAGACUACUGCAGGGAGUGGGGUGUAGACGAGAAGACGCUGAUGAGCACACCGGAAUCGGCGCAGAAUAUCGCUUAUACACGCUAUCUAGCGGAUGUCGGCCAUUCAGGUUCCCUGCUUGACCUCGUCGUCGCCGUAGCUAGCUGUCUCCUCGGCUAUGGCGAGAUAGGCAGACGGUUGAAGACGUCAGCCAACACUGGCUGCCCUAUCUCCCCUGGUGUCGUUUGCAUUAAGGAUAACAACCCUUAUUGGAAAUGGAUCGAAGAUUACGCCUCAGACGACUUCCAAGCAGCCGUCUUUGACGGAAUUGAUAUGCUCGAGAGGAUGGCAGAAGAGGAUCACCUCGGCGCGGACCAUCUCGCUCACCUCUCCAAUAUUUUCACGACUUGUUGCAAACUCGAGUGUGGUUUCUGGGAUAUGGGUUUGCACAGGUUGUGA